AUGGCUUUGAAAAUCAAAACAAAGCAAGCGGACACUGCCAAAGCCAUCGAGCAGAAGUAUACUGCAGAACAGAUUAAUAAUGGCAGAAUCAGGAAUGCGGCAAUUGAGGAGCUAAUCAAAACGGGCACGCCAGACAAUAUUUAUUACUCUGCAAACAAUAUCAAGGCGUUUCUUAGCCUUUUCAUCCUUGCGGAUACAAACCUUGACGGACAUAUCACCCUGAAAGAACUCUUAGAUAUGUUGGAGUAUUUCAAAUUCGAUGAAGAAAUAAUCAGUGCCUCGAAGGCGAUCUUUGAGAAGUCGGAUGUUUCUGAAGACCAGAAGGUCAGCUUGGCCGGUGCGAUCGCCCAUUUCUCUCUUUUACUUUGA